AUGAGAGCUAUAUAUACAAGGUGUAGUUUUAGGACUACGUACUUCAUAACCAUUUUUCUUCUUGGUUUGGCAUAUCAAACAAGAAGCAUGUCAUAUUUAAAGCCUUUUCAUCUCCUCUUCACCUUGUUUCUCUUUGGUGUUUUCUCCACCAAUCAUGCCUGCAACCAAAUGGACCGCGACUCUCUCAUGUCCUUAGCCUUCAACCGUAUGUCUUCUCCUCCACUAAAUUGGUCUUCCAUUGAUUGUUGCCAGUGGGAGGGCAUUUCUUGUAGUCAUAAAAGUCGAGUCACCCAUAUCUGGUUACCUGCUAAAGGCCUCAAUGGCAGUAUAUCUCCCUAUCUUGGAAACCUCACAUGUCUCUCCCACCUUAAUCUCUCCCACAAUUCACUUUUGGGUCCUCUCCCUAAGGGAUUGUUUUCGUCCUUGAAUCAACUCAAGGUCAUUGAUUUGAGCUACAACAAUCUAUUUGGAGAUACAUCUGGUUGGCCUGCCUCCCUUCAAAUUGUUGACAUAUCUAGCAAUCAAUUUAGUGAGACAAUCCAAUCUUCAUUCCUUCAAAGAGCAUGGAGGUUGACCGACCUCAAUGUCAGCAACAAUAGUCUCACAGGCCCGAUUCCUUCCUUUCCUUGCAUCAAUUCUUCAGUGGUCAAGCUCCUCGAUUUCUCCCAUAAUCAUUAUAGUGGCCAUAUUCCUCGUGGACUAGGGGCAUGUUCCAAACUCAAGGUUUUCCGGGCAGGUUUUAAUUCUCUCUCUGGAUUGCUUCCUCAUGAUAUAUACAAUGCAGUGGGGUUGGAAGAAAUCUCUUUGCCUUCCAAUGAUCUUUCAGGACCCAUUAGCGGUGACAUUGUGAACCUUACCAAACUCACUUACCUUGAGUUUUAUCGCAAUAAUUUGAGUGGCAAGCUCCCAGUGGAUAUCGGGAAGCUCUCCAAAUUAAAGCACAUACUCCUUGAUUGGAACUCCUUAACAGGCUCUUUGCCGCCAUCUUUGGUGAAUUGCACAAAUCUCACAAUAUUGUCCUUACGAUUCAAUUUCCUUGAAGGAAACAUCUCUACCUUUAAUUUCUCAAGUCUUCAUCAUCUUACUGUAAUUGACCUUGGGAUUAAUAAUUUCUCUGGUAACUUUCCAGUAAGCCUAUACUCAUGCAAGUCCUUGAUCGCAAUUCGACUAUCUCGAAAUCGACUAGAGGGACAAAUCCAACCUAAGGUGCUGCAAUUAGAAUUCUUAUCUUUCCUUUCACUUACUGGCAACAGGUUAACCAAUAUCACAUUCGCAAUUAAGAUUUUGAAGCGUUGCAAGGCACUCAGUGUACUCUUCCUUGGAGAGAGUUUUUUAUACGAGGCAAUCCCAAGUGAUGACAAUAUAGAAGAUUCCGACGGAUUUGAAAAUCUUCGAUUGUUUACUAUUGAAUCAUGCGAAUUGUCUGGUCAAAUGCCUAUAUGGCUAUCUAGGCUUAAGAAGCUAGAAUUACUAAGUCUAGCUGGCAAUCGUAUCACAGGUUCAAUUCCUAAUUGGUUGUUCACUCUUCCAAGUCUCUUUCGUUUAGACUUAUCUGAUAACCUCAUUUCAGGUGAAUUUCCAAAGGAAUUUUGUGGAUUGCAAACAUUAGUGUCACCAAAAGCUCUAGUAGACAAUAAUCAUUGGGAUUUACCAAUAUUUAUUGGCUUCAGUCUUUCUGGACAGUACAAUUUUCUCUCAAGCCUGCAACCAGCAAUUAUUCUUGCAAACAACAAUCUUAGCGGCAACAUCCCAAUUGAGAUCGGCUGUUUGAAGCGGCUUUCUUUGCUGGAUUUAAGUUAUAACAAUUUCUCAGGGAGCAUCCCAGACCAAAUUUCAGAGCUCUCAAACUUGGAAGAAUUAAACCUCUCUGCAAAUCGAUUGUCCGGUGAACUACCAGCAUCACUAAGUAGUCUGAAUUUCUUGCAUAAAUUUAGUGUUGCAAACAACAAUUUGCAUGGACCAAUACCAUCAGGCACUCAACUUCAGAGCUUUGAUGCCUCUGCAUAUGAGGGUAACCCUGGACUUUGUGGCCCCCCUCUUCCACAUGAUUGCACCCAUAUUGUUAGCAACAAGGGAGACAUUCAGGAUGAGGACGAUAGGCCUAGAAUCCCAUGGUUUCCAAUUACUGUGGUUCUUGGCUUCAUUAUAGGUUUCUGGGGAGUUUGUGGUCCAUUAGUUCUUAGCUAUAGGUGGAGGGUUGCAUAUUUCCAAUUCAUGGACGAUGUAAAAGAUAGGUGUAUAAUCUUUUUUUUAAAAAUUGCAUAUUGGUCGCUUUAGAGUCUGUUAUCAAUUGGUCGUUAUAGAGUCUGUCAUCAAUUUGGU